AUGAGAGCAUUAGGUGAGAAUGUGGACAGCAAAGUGGAGUCCCCAAGGCUGCAGGUGUCAAAGGAGCAGUCCAAAGAUUAUGAGAUAACAAUUCCCUUCCUUUUGAAUGGAGAGCAGUGGAGACCAGUGAAUGGCAUUUAUUCAAAGAACCACCCGGCACUGCUGCAGUUUGUAAUUCAAGCUGAAAAUAAACAUCUGGUCAUCGAUCUGGAGAGGAAUGAGGGCCUGCUGGCCAGAGGCUUCACAGAGACCCAUUAUCUGCAGGAUGGCACUGACGUGGUUCUCGCACGCAAUCACACGGGUCACUGCUUUUACCACGGCCAGGUCCAGGGGUUCCCCGGCUCCUCUGUCAGCCUCAGCGCCUGCUCGGGACUCAGGGGAAUUAUUGUGUUUGAAAACAGCAGCUACAUUCUGGAGCCAUUGGAAGGUGCUACAGGCGAACACAAGAUCUACCGAGCGGAGAAUCUGAGAGUAGCCCCGGGGUCUUGUGGCCACCAGCUGGACAUCCCUGCCACGAUGGCUGCAGCCACUGCCACGUCACAGCGUCCUCCAGCUGGCAGGUACAAGAGGGAGGCUCUGAAGACAACGAAGUACGUGGAGCUUGUUAUUGUGGCAGAUAAUCGUGAGUUUCAGAGACAAGGCAAAGAUGUGGAAAAAAUUAAGCAGAGGCUGAUAGAAAUUGCAAACUACGUUGAUAAGUUCUACAGGCCACUAAACAUCCGAGUGGCCCUGGUGGGAGUGGAGGUGUGGAAUGACAUGGAUAAGUGCUCCAUUUCCCAGGACCCUUUCACCAGCCUGCAUGAGUUCCUGGACUGGAGAAAGCUCAAACUCCUGCCUCGGAAAGCCCACGACAAUGCACAGCUGAUCAGCGGGGUGUACUUCCAGGGGACGACCAUUGGCAUGGCUCCCAUCAUGAGCAUGUGCACAGCAGAGCAGUCUGGAGGGGUCGUCAUGGAUCACUCAGAAAACCCUCUGGGUGCAGCAGUGACGCUGGCUCAUGAGCUGGGGCACAAUUUUGGGAUGAAUCACGACACACUGGAGAGGGGCUGCAACUGCAAAGCUUCCACUGAUAAAGGGGGCUGCAUCAUGAACCCCUCCACUGGCUAUCCAUUCCCCAUGGUCUUCAGUAGCUGCAGUAGAAAGGACCUGGAAAACAGCCUGGAGAAAGGAGUGGGAAUGUGUCUCUUUAACCUGCCUGAGGUCAAGGAGUCCUUUGGUGGCCAGAAGUGUGGGAAUGGCUAUGUGGAGGACGGAGAGGAGUGUGACUGUGGGGAGCCUGAGGAAUGUACAAACCCGUGCUGCAACGCAACCACCUGUGCCUUGAACCCGGGAGCAGUGUGUGCACAUGGGCUCUGCUGCGAGGACUGCCAGCUCAAACCAGCGGGGAUCUCUUGCAGAGAGUCGAGCAAUUCCUGUGAUCUGCCCGAGUUCUGCACGGGGGCCAGCCCGCAGUGCCCGGCCAACGUUUACCUGCACGACGGGCACGCGUGCCACGGGGUGGAUGGCUACUGCUACAACGGCAUCUGCCAGACCCACGAGCAGCAGUGCAUCACCCUCUGGGGCCCAGGUGCAAAACCCGCUCCUGGGAUCUGCUUUGAGAGAGUCAAUUCUGCUGGAGACCCUUACGGCAACUGCGGGAAAGACUCCAAGAGCUCCUUUGCCAAAUGUGAACCCAGGGAUGCGAAGUGUGGAAAAAUCCAGUGUCAAGGAGGAGCAAACCGACCCGUCAUCGGUACCAACGCAGUUUCCAUAGAAACCAACAUCCCACUCCAGGAGGGUGGCAAGAUCCUGUGCCGUGGCACCCACGUGUAUUUGGGGGAUGAUAUGCCUGACCCUGGGCUGGUACUGGCAGGAACCAAGUGUGAAGAUGGAAAGAAUGGAGCCCUGUGUCUCUACAGCCAGUGCAGGUCCAGGGCUGCUCUCGGAUGUUUUUUAUGUUAAGCCAUUUGUCUUGUUUUGCAGGUCUGCAACAACAAAAAGAACUGUCACUGUGAGGCUGACUGGGCCCCCCCCUUCUGUGACAAGCCAGGCUUUGGUGGCAGCGUGGACAGUGGGCCCAUCAGACAGGCAGACAAUAAGAGUUUGACCAUAGGAGUGUUGAUAACCAUCCUGUGCCUUAUCUUUGCUGGAUCAAUCAUGUACCUCAAAAGGAAGACUUUCAUGAGGUGGUUGUUUACAAGCAAGAAGACAACAAUAGAAAAAUUAAGGUCUGUGAGUCCUGCAAGACCUUCCAGUUCAUCUGAGCCAAAUCAUGUUCAUACCAUAUGUGUUAGUAAAAAUCUUAUUGUGAAGCCACAAAAUACAGCCAUACAAAAAAGAGACGGCCCCAGGCGGCCGCUGCCGUAUCAGAUCAUCGACAUCAGCAGCCCUGUGAAGACACACGAGGUGCCACCAUUAAAAACACCCCAGAGAGUCCUGCCACCCCUUCCCCAGCUGCCAGGCCACCAAGCUGGACCUGAGAGACCCCUGCCAGCUAAUCCUUCACUGCGAUUCUCCCAGGAGCCCCCCAAGCCCAGCGCCCCUCGGAAGCCUCUCCCCGCGGACCCCCUGGGCCGAGCGCGCCUGGGCCCCGCCGGCCGCGCCAGGGCCCUGCCCCACGCCUCCCCUGCCAGACCUGCUCCCAAACAUCCACCACAGGUAUCCAGGUCCAGCAACACUAUGGAUGUGAAAUGA